AUGCAUUGGUUUCGAUUCAUUAUCACACUACCCAGUGCAUCAACUUCUGUGGGUACCGGGUGCCUAAGAGAUGAAUCUGUAGUGUGCUGGGAAGCAGGGAAAGACAUUUCAUUUACUGAAAAAAAUCAUGAUGUUGAUAAUCACGAAAAAGAGAAAAGGGAAGAAUGGGAGAAGGAAAACGUAGAGCUGACAACUGAAACAGGUAAGGACAUGGAUGCUUUAACUACUUUUAAAUCUUUAGAAAAAGACGACGCUCUUUGCCUAGUUUCUGACGAUUUCUGUAACGAUCCUGGUAAAUGGCCUAUAAACCUAACCUACAGUCAGGUACAAUAUAUAAUUGAAAAUUUCCCAAGUCAAGUUCAAAACAUAGCAUUUCCCAGAGAUGAGCAAAAUAAAAAAAUUUCAGAGUCAUAUUUUUACCGUACUUUAAGCAAUGGUGAAAAAAUCCACCGUCCUUGGUUAUUAUAUUCUUUAUCUUUAAAUAGUGUUUUCUGUGCUCCAUGUAAACUAUUUUGCACCGAUGUCACAGAGAAAAAGGAGCGUAUAUAUGGUAAAGAAGGAGUGAACGAUUGGCAACAGUUAUCUUUAAUCUUGAAAAGGCAUGAGAGCAGAUUAAUCCACAUUAAAUAUACUAAACAAAUGCAUGAUGAUUUGAGUGUAGCACCGAAAAAGGGUACGACAAUCGACUCGUCCAAUCAGCGAUUAUACGAACUGGAAAAAAAUCAUUGGCGUGCCGUUAUUGAAAGAUUGAUGCUUAUUGUCAGAUAUUUAUCUCGUCAGUGCUUGGCCUUUAGGGGUUCCACAAAAACUGUUUCAGCCAGAUAA